AUGGCAGCUAAGGAAGAGGCUGCCCAGCCAAUCCAGAUACCAAUCACUUCUGAGGAUGUGGGAGUGAACUUCACCCAGGAAGAAUGGAAAUGUCUGACACCCACACAGAAGACCCUUUACCAGACAGUGAUGUCAGAAACCUUCAAGAACCUGUCACUUGUGGCAAGGACGCAGCAACCUCAAGAACCUGGCGCAGCUCUGAAAGAUGAGGAGAGUGCUGAUGAAGAGGAGGCUUCUUUUGUUUGCAGAGGAGUAUUCAAGGGUGGACCACUGCUUUUCUGCCUGACAUGUGGCAAAUGUUUCAAAAAGAGUGCCUUCCUCCUUAAUCACCAGUUUCCUUCGAGGUCCCAGAGGGCUACUAGCCACCAGCCCCCGCUUGGUGGAGAGACGCCUUUCUCUUGCUAUCUCUGUGGCAAGACUUACCGUGAUGCUUCCGGACUGAGCCGUCACCGACGCGCUCAUUUAGGUUAUAAGCCCCAUGCUUGCCCUGUGUGUGGAAAGUGCUUCCGGGAUCAGUCUGAGGUCAAACGCCACCUGAAGGUACACCAAAACAGGAAGCCAGUGGCUGGCAACCAGAUGCAUACCGUUCCACCUACAACACCUGGAUCCCAAGCACCCAUCCUCAGGCAUGUAAAAGUGAUUCAGGGACCAGUGGCCAGGGCAAAGGCACGUAACGGCAGAGCCUCAUGCCUGGAUGUCAGAACCAAAACUGUUGUAGUGAGGCACACAAAAGUAACGAUCUCUUGCCCCUUUUGUCCCGUAACUUUUACCAAGAGGGUCUGUUUCUUAGCCCACAUCAACUUGCACUACAAGGGUCAAUCCAGCCAAGAGUCCUCCCACGCAUCCAACACACCCAGGAAGCCAAAGAUCUAUUAUUGCCCUGUUUGUGACAACUGCUUUAGGGAAAGGGAAAGCCUGCUGGAACACUUGUGCGAAAAAAGAUUGUUUAAAUGCGCGGAAAUCCUGGGUCAUUUGCUUGGCUUUCUUCCUAAUCCCUUGGUGCUUCAGAAUAUUUCACAAGUAGAGGGAUCCUCAGGGGGACAGAUGAUGGAUAAAGACAAGAAGACGUAAAGAAAGAGGAAGCAUGUAUGCAGUGAGAAAUAAAAGGCCUGUCUGGGGAUGGUGAGACAGUUAGUGGCUAAGCAGCCGGACCUCCUGAGCUUGAAGGAGUUUGAAGCCUGAGACCCCUGUGACAGAGAAAAGAACUGACUCCUGACCUCACACACAUGUGGGUGUGUGAGGUCACACAC